UGGUCGAUUUUUUGCAUUGCUGUACCUAGCGUAUAUAAUAGCGUGCAGUAUUCUACACUUGCACUCGCUCCCGUCCCGUCCCAUCAUGCAAUGGAAGUUCUGCUUUCCGGCCGCGAUGGACUGGACUGGAUUCUCCGCCGCUCGUCUCCAUCUGUUUCGGUCUACAUCAUCUUUACGGGUCCUACACCUCCUCAACCGAACCCGCGGGUUGUUUCCCUUCCCUUUUUCCAUCUCCCGCACACCGAGCGGGCGGCUGGCUUGUUGGCGGGGUUCAAGGAAGAAAAGUGUCGUGAUUAUCGCAUGUUCGGAAGCGCCAUGCGCACCGUGAAUCUGCCUGUGUUGAUCAUUGCUCAGCUCGAGUGAUACCGCAAAGAUUCGGGGGAUAGCUUUUUAGGUUCCCAG